UCUUUUUUUUUUUCUUUCUGCUACUGAAAUUUUCACAAACUCCCAAGUUUAAGACCUCACUGUCUGAAAACCAAACAGACAAAGGACUGUUUUUUGUAUCCCUUCCCCUUCUUACAGAUCACAAAUUAGAGGACCCUAGAACGAAACCAGAGAUAGUAAAAGAAAGCAGGAACUCAGCUUAUCAUGGUGGCUGGUAAGGUAAGAUUGGCAAUGGGUUUGCAAAAAUCACCUGCAAACUCGAAGCACGAAACUCCCCCUAAACCACCAUUGCCAUCUCCGAGCUCGGGUAACAAGAACAAUACUUCCCAGAAAGCUGUCUUUUCACGUUCCUUUGGCGUUUACUUCCCGCGAUCCUCAGCUCAAGUCCAGCCUCGUCCACCUGACGUCACCGAACUCCUCCGAUUGGUUGAAGAGUUGAGAGAGCGAGAGUCCAGGCUGAAAACAGAGCUUCUCGAGCACAAGCUUUUAAAAGAAUCGGUUGCCAUUGUUCCUGUGCUGGAAAACGAGAUCGUAGCCAUAAAUGCGGAGCUGGAACGAGCUUCGAAAGAGAUUGAGAAUUUGAGAAACGAAAACGAGACGUUGAAAACAGAGGUAGAGGAAAUGAAGGAAAAGAUUGAAGAAGAGAGGAAAGAGAGCGAGAAAAAAGUGAGAGAAAUGGAGGAAGAAAUAGCGGAGCUAAAGAAAACGGUGUUGUCUUAUUCUGAUCGUAACAGUAAAGCGGAGAUUACGGUGGAAAGCGACGAUUUACUUUCUUCUUCGCAGAGAUAUCAAGGGUUAGUGGAAGUUAGUGUGAAGUCAAAUUUGAUUAAGAAUUUGAAGAGAAAUAAUAGUAAAUGUACGGACGCCGUUGUUGUUAGUACUUUGAAUAAUGAGAAAGUCGAGAGCUUGGAGUUUAAAAGAGAGGAAUUUGAGACUGAGAGACCGAGACACUCGAGGUGUAACUCGGAGGAACUCGUUGACUCGACUCUUGUUAAUAUCAGAUCUCGUGUUCCUAGGGUCCCAAAACCACCGCCGAGACCUUCAUCAUCAUCACCAUCAUCAUCGACGUCAUCUAUUAGCUCCUCUGAUUCUACAGAGAAGCAAAUUCCUCCUCCACCACCGCCGCCGCCACCUCCGGCACCAGUAGCAGCAGUGAAGCAAGUUGCACCUCCUCCUCCGCCACCACCUCCGAUAAAAGCUAUUGCGCCGCCACCUCCGCCUCCACCUCCGAAGGGAAUGAGGGCGAUUGCGGCGAAAGUAAGGAGAGUUCCAGAGGUCGUAGAGUUUUAUCACUCGCUUAUGCGGAGGGACUCGAAAAGAGAGGCCGGUGGCUGUAGCGUGCCGGAGGUUUUACCGGCAACCGCUAACGCGAGGGAUAUGAUUGGAGAGAUUGAGAAUCGGUCAACUCAUUUGCUCGCGAUAAAGACAGAUGUAGAAACACAAGGAGACUUCAUAAGAUUCUUGAUCAAAGAAGUUGAGAAUGCUGCAUUUACAGAUAUAGAGGAUGUUGUUCCUUUUGUUAAAUGGCUAGAUGAUGAGCUCUCUUACUUGGUGGAUGAAAGAGCGGUGUUGAAACAUUUCGAUUGGCCAGAGCAGAAGGCGGAUGCAUUGCGCGAGGCGGCAUUUGGAUAUUGUGAUCUCAAGAAACUUGAAUCCGAGGCUUCAUUGUUUCGUGAUGAUGCCCGGCAACCCUGUGGUCCGGCUCUCAAAAAGAUGCAAGCUCUACUUGAAAAGCUGGAGCAUGGUGUUUACAAUCUCUCACGAAUGAGAGAAUCUGCUACAAAGAGAUACAAAGGAUUUCAAAUUCCUAUGGAUUGGAUGCUUGAAACUGGAAUUGUUAGCCAGAUCAAGCUUGCGUCAGUGAAAUUAGCAAUGAAGUACAUGAGAAGAGUAUCUGCGGAGCUCGAAGCAGUUGGUGGUGGGCCUGAAGAAGAGGAGCUGAUUGUUCAAGGCGUUAGAUUUGCAUUCCGUGUACACCAGUUCGCUGGAGGGUUUGAUGUUGAAACGAUGAGGGCUUUCCAAGAGCUGAGAGACAAAGCCAGAUCGUGCCAUGUACAAUGCCAAAGCCAGCAACAACCAAAAUUUAUUUGCAGGUCUACAACUUGCUAAUCUCUGUAGCAAACUCAGCUCCAGAAUCCGCUACCAGUUUUUUUGUUGUAAAGAUAAAAGAACAAUCAUGUUUGUGAAUACAAUGCCAGCUGCUAUUUAUCCACACAUUCAAUUUAUUCCAGUGCAUAACUAAUGUGAAAUGGAACUACUACCAUUAAAAUUUUCUUC